CUAGAAUACCAUUCUACAGAGGAAACAGCCCCAGAGGAAUUAAGAUAAGUACAGAGUACUGCCUACUCCACACUAAUAUCUACUAGAAACUCAGAACUCAAGCUGCACUGUCAUUACAUACACUUCUUUCCGUGAUUUACCUAAGUCAGGCUGUCAAUCCCUUAUGGGCCAAUCUCAAUCCACAAAUUUCCAGGAUAAUGCAUAUUCCACUGAACCUUUGUCCAAAGAGAGGAAAGAAGAUUAUUAUGAACUCCUGGGGAUACAACAUGACGCUUCCACAGACGAAAUAAGGAAAGCAUACAAAAGAAAAGCUCUUGAGCUGCACCCGGAUAAAAACUAUGGCAAUGUCGAAGCUGCAACGAAACUGUUUGCAGAAAUUCAAACUGCAUAUCAAGUUCUUUCAGAUCCUCAAGAGCGCGCAUGGUAUGAUACUCACAAAGAUGCAUUCUUGAGUCGCGAUGAGCAGCCAAGUAGUAGCGAAUACUGCUAUGAUAGCCGUAUGACAACCUCUGGUGACAUCUUAAAGCUGUUCUCCAAGUUCAGUCCUCGAAUGGAAUUCUCGGAUUCUCCAUCUGGAUUCUUCGGCGGCCUUCGAGCGGUAUUUGCCCGGCUUGCUCUCGAGGAAGAAAUGGCAUGUCGCGCAGACAAGUUGGAGUUUGUCGCCUAUCCGACUUUCGGGUCACAAAGUGAUGCUUUUGAAGACGUCGUACGGCCCUUCUAUACCGUCUGGAGUAGCUUUUCAACCAAGAAAUCUUUCGCCUGGAAAGAUAUUUACCGGUAUUCCGAGGCUCCAGAUCGUCGCGUGCGCAGAUUGAUGGAGAAAGAAAAUAAGCGGUUAAGAGAGGAAGGUAUCCGCGAAUUCAACGAAGCUGUCAGAUCGCUUGUGGCCUUUGUUAAAAAGAGGGAUCCGCGCUAUAAAAGAGGCAUCCAAAGCGAAGCGCAGCGCCGGGAGCUCCUCCGUCAAACUGCCGCUGCACAAGCUGCUAAAUCAAGAGCAGUAAAUCAAGCAAAGCUGCGUGAGCAUGUUCUACCUGAUUGGGCGAAGUCAGAAGAGGCUGAGGAAGAGAAUCCGGAUAGUUCGGGAUCUGAACUUGAGCAGUUCGAGUGCAUCAUUUGCCGGAAGGCUUUCAAGAGCCUGAAUCAAUUCAACGCACAUGAACGUAGCAAGAAACACGUCAAGGCCGUCAAACAGCUUCGCUGGGAGAUGAGAGCAGAAAACGAGUCCCUCAAUCUUGACCAGUAUAUGGCGCCGUACAGCGACCAUGCUCAGCUAGAGCAAUGCAACGACGACUCCGCAGCUUCCUCCUCCAGUCAUGAAGAGAGUGGCAAGGUCCAAUGUGGACGCAAUGCUGAUGCUGAUCAAAACAUUGCACCCAUCAUGGAUGACACGCAAGAGGAAAGUGGUCGCGAAUUCACGGAAGCUGAUACCAUAUUUCCUGUGACACAUGCUAGCCACGAAUCGAGCGCAACCAUUCUCAAUCCCACGGGCUCGGACGAUGUCUCUGAGAGGGCAGAUGAUGCUGUUGAUUUACUAUCUCAACAAUUUUCAGCCUCCGCCUUGGGUCAGAGUCAAUCGACUGAAAUCAAAAAGAUAGGCAAAGCCAAACAGAAACGCGCUCGAAAGGCGGCUCAGCAGGCUCUGGGUCACUCUCCCGGAUUGAUUUGCACCACUUGCAACGCUGCAUUUCUAUCCAAAACUCAGCUUUUUGCACACUUGAGGAAGUAUGACCAUGCCCAGCCGCCAAUAAGGUAGCAAAGACUAGCAUUUGAACAAGCCCUUUUAUGAACUAGGUGACUGUUAUUGAUCUUUAGCCACCCGUUCCCUCAUCCGUGUCGUAGUGAAAGGAGUGAUGUGGACGUAGAUGUCUCAAACAUCAUGGUUUU